AUGAGGCCGACAACGAUACUGCAGGGCGCUCGCUCUGUAUUGCCCAUCGUCCGCCCAAAGCCCGGCGAGCGUGCCCCUCCGAUCAAGACCCAAGCACGCGGUGCCACCAUCCUGCCCAACUUCGUCGGCUUGAUUUUCCAAGUUCACAACGGCAAGAUCUACAACGAUGUCAGAAUCACCGAGGACAUGGUCGGUCACAAGCUUGGAGAGUUCUCAUCAAAGCGUUUCACCUACAAGCACUCCAAGAACAAGUAA